UUUCUCGUUUGUUUCGAGUGGACAACCUCGCACCUACCUACUUCUAUAUAUAUUGGAAUUUCGAUCGAUUUUCGCAGCAAAUCUCCAAGUAACAUCGACUAGUUCGGAAACUGCUAAGAAAGGGGAGGAGUUCCAAUCCAGAUCGGCAGCCAGGCACGCGCAGGGAGAGCAGAAGCAUCUGCUAGCCACGUGCCUCCAGCUGGGGCAUCAUCAGGCAGCUGUCGACCAUCUCCUUUCCGCUAUAUAAGGAACGAGACCGACUGACCGGACCAGUUAGUAUGAAAGAGCGCGAAAGGAUGUUGAGGUGGUUGUACGUAAUAUCCAGCUUGGCUGUUUGGACGAUUAUUUCGGCCGAUGGUAGCGGCAACACCAGGCAGUUAGCCCGUUUGGUCAACGACUUGCAGAGCCAGUUGACCGUACUACAAAAGGAACACGCGGAAGACCAAGAAACAAUUAGGCAAUUAGAGAAGUUACUAAGUGCCAAGUCGCCUAACGACGGACUGGAAAAUUUGGAAUUACAGUUGAAGGAAUUGAAACGUAGCCUUAGUGAAAUUGUUAAAUCUCCAGUAACCAGAGGGAGUGCCGACGUAACCGAUAUCAGAACCGAAACUACCACUCUGAGAAAUCAGCUACAGCAUCUCAGACAAGAAGUUUCCACUCUACAAGCCAGACAAGAGGAGAGCAACGUGGUUUUCGGACAGCUGAGGACUACCCAAAUCACUACUAAAUGGCUUCAGAGGAAAGUAGACGAGCUGAGAUCCGAAAUAAGAGAAGUGGCGGCAGUUCUCAACGUCUCCAGUGGUUUGAACCAACUUCAGAAGUUCGAUUCCAAUCUGGAACUGUUGAAAUCGGACUUUCGAGCUCUCAGAAGAGAUUACGAUCAGAUGGUUGCUUCCCAGGAAAGAGAAAACGCGGGUUUAAUCCAACUGAAACAAGAUGCUGCCGAGCUGAGAGAGAUAAUGCAGAGAUUGGCACUGAACAAUCAGCGCUUAGACCAGCAGGUGGAGGACCUGGAUUCAAUGAGGCAAAAGGUGCUGAACAAAAAGAAUAACGAAAUCGAAUUUUAUAAAAUGGGUGAGGAGCACGAGUAUAAUGGGCAUGAAGAAAACAUGCACCGUCACAGACACCACAGACACAUAAAGUCCGAGUUAUCGAAGAUGAAGGAAAUCUUGAGAAGUUUAGAAAGAAGCCAAAUUGCUAACGAGAAGGAAAUGAAUUCCCUGCGGACCAAUUAUAAAAACUUAAACAUGACGGUGGAACAGUUGAAGAAAAAUUCGGACCAUCUGAAGAGCCAAUCGAGAUCUCUGCAAACAGAACAAGGAAUUCUCAGACGUCAAGUCGGAGAAGUGUUGGAGAGUGUAAACAAAAUGGAAGACACGACAGGGAAAAACAGCGCCGCCAUAAUUAACAUGACCGAGACGGCGGGUGGAGUAGAUAAGUUGCAUUCGUCCACCAUGCAACUGUUCGAAGCGCUGGAAACUAUCGAAGGAGAAUACGGAAAUAACAUAGGAGAGCUUCAGAAAGAAGUGUCCAAAUUAGAAUUUAACGUGGCACAGAUCCAGUCUUCCUUCCAGGUGAUUCGACAAGAACAGUCGAACCACCGGGACAUGUUGAAAAUGUUAAAAAAAGACAUGUCUCUGAACCAGCUGCAAAGUCAAAGGAACCAUAUCGAAUUAACUUUGCUUCAGACGGAACUGCUGAAUCACACUUUGCAAUCGUGCAAAACUCUGAAGUCGGAACUGCUACAAAAUCGAGUUAAGACGUUGGAAGGAAGAAUCGAUCGAGUUUAUGCAGAACUUCGCCUGAAAGUCGACACGGAUGCUACAAAUCAAUGGAAGAAUCAGCAGAAAGCAUUAACGGAGGAAGUAGAAAAGGUUAAUUCCCUGCUGCCAUCUGUCGAGCAGAGAGAAGAGAAUUUGGAGAAGCAGAUUAAGAAGUUCGUUCGAAGACUUCCCAGAGAUUGCUCCUCGGUCGAGAGCAAAGAGAGUAAAGUGAAUCUGAUCCACAUCCCUGGGCUAUCGGAUCCGAAAGAAGUGUUCUGUGAUACGAAAACUGACGGAGGACAGUGGACAAUUAUACAGAAACGACAAAACGGGGAGGUCCAAUUCGAUCGCAAGUGGGAUGCGUACAAAGAGGGAUUUGGAGAUGCAGAAAACGAGUACUGGAUAGGAAACGAAGCGCUUCACUUAAUGACAAGCAGCGACAAUUACACUCUUCGUAUCGACAUGUGGGAUAUGUUCGGCCGUUACAAAUACGCCCAGUAUAACAUGUUCCUGGUUAUGAGCGAACACGACGGUUACAGAUUAGCCAUCGGUGCAUACAGCGGUAACGCCAGUAACGCAUUAGAGUAUCAUAACAGCAUGGAGUUCAGCACCUCCGACAGAGAUAACGACGCUAGUAACACCAACUGCGCCAUGUAUUACUCUAGCGGAUGGUGGUAUAAUCACUGUCAAUUUGUCAACAUUAAUGGCAAAUAUAAAAUCGGACUGACUUGGUACGACAUCGACAGUCACGAAUGGAUCCAACUAAAGAAAGUGGAAAUGAAGAUAAGGCCGAGAAGGUAACAGGUUCUACCUCUAUCGUCCCGUCUUUUUUAUUUAUGAGUGCCAAACAAGUAAUGUUUAAUCAUGCAAUAGGAUUUACCUUCGCCAUUAAAAUACGAAAAAAUUGUAAAAUGGACAUUUAAAUAUCGAAGGUUUAUCUCAAAACAUUUGAUAAUUUAUUAACAUUUUUUUACAUUAAAAAAAACCUCGUGGGAUUUAAUCAUCCCUAACCUUAUCCUAGAGUGUACAGCCCAUUGUGAUUACGUUGUAUAUAAGUUGCUUGUAUACAUUCCUCGUAAAUACGAUCAUUGUGAAAUAGUAAUGUACAUAUUGUAUUUAGGAAAUAUUUUAAUUAAUAAAAUAAUUAAGUAUAUUUACUGUAUAGAAUA